GAAAAAUUGAAGAUGGCAAAAAGUAACGAUGGUGUACGCAUCUUGCAGGGUCUAUUAGUCUUUGGAAAUGUGGUCAUUGGGAUGUGCGGCAUUGCCCUGACAGCAGAGUGCAUCUUCUUUGUGUCUGAUCCCCAUGGUCUCUACCCUCUUCUGGAAGCCACAGAAAACGAUGACAUCUAUGCUGCUGCCUGGAUCGGCAUCUUUGUUGGUUUUGCACUCUUUGCUCUGUCUAUACUUGGUAUCAUUGGAGUCAUUAAGUCCAGCAGGACCUUGCUGCUGGUGUAUAUUAUUCUGAUGCUGAUCACUUAUGCAUUUGAAAUGGCUUCUUGCAUCACGGCAGCAACUCACCAAGACUUCCUCACUCCGAAUCUCUUCCUGAAGCAAAUGCUGGAGAGAUAUCAGAAGUCAGAGACAGAAAAUAACAAUGACAAAUGGAUGACUGAAGGGGUCACAAAGACAUGGAAUAAACUCAUGCUUCAGAACCAGUGCUGUGGGGUGAAAGGCCCCUCUGACUGGCAGGAGUACACGUCUGCCUUCCGCGCCACGCACAACGAUGCCGACUUCCCUUGGCCGCGCAAUUGCUGUGUCAUGGAUGCCCAAGGGUCUCCCGUCAACCUCGACGGCUGCAAGCUUGGAGUUCCUGGCUACUAUAACAGCAACGGUUGUUAUGAUGCUAUUUCUGGGCCAAUGAACACACAUGCCUGGGGUGUUGCCUGGUUUGGUUUUGCCAUCCUCUGCUGGACUUUCUGCGUCCUCCUUGGUACCAUGUUCUACUGGAGCAGAAUUGAAUACUGA